AUCUAUAGCUACUACAAGAAUAGAAGUUAAAAAAAAUAAUCAAGUUUAACAUUUAGUAUGAUUAAAAUUUAAAACCACCAAAGUAUUAUUAUUUAUGUUUAAAAAAAUGUGUAUUGUUUUCAACAACAAAUCUGUAAGAUGUAAAAAGCACUUCAUAUGUAAGAUGCAGUUGCACACCCUUAUAUCUCAAAAAUGACUCUCUUGAAGUGAUUAUAAAAUAACACAAUUUAAUAAUAAUUAUGUGAGAUGGUAUAGUUAUGAACAAAUAUAGCACAGUUGUUUACCAGUAUUAAAUUUUAGAAUUUAUUGUAAUAUCAGUUGGUUUAGAAUUUUUAAAUAUAUGGAAAUUUUUAGGUGCUUAAAAACUGGUGAAUGACAAAACCUUUUUAAUGUUUGGCGUAUGGCAAUGCUGUUUCAUUACUUUUGAAUUUUCAAUAUUGGAAAUCUUGUCGUUAUUAAAUAAUUUAUAUUUGUUUUAGUUGUUAAGGAGAACUAGGAGUAAAAUGAUGAAGAUCAUCGACUGUAAAAUAUAUGUUGUCUUAAAAGAUUCAACAAUAUUUGUCGGUAUACUUAAAGCUUUUGAUCAUAAUUUUAAUUUGGUUUUAGCCAAUAGUCAAACAUUUUUGGAACACAACAUACUUGGAUCUCCUGCUCUUGAUGAGUCAAACAGACAAAAACGUUUACUUGGCUUAAUUGUAAUACCGGGGAAAAACAUUAUAUCUAUAGAUAAUAAACUGGGAUCUGAUGUUCCUAAAGUACCUAUCACAGAUAUAAUUAUUUGCAGACUGAAAGAUUACAGACGUGUUAAGACAACUAUCAAGCCUUUAGUAUCUAUGUGCAAUGUACGAGAUCCAAAUUGGAAUAUUGAAGAUUGUCAGGCUGAUAUUAUAUUUGAGAAGGACUUAUAUCAUAUACCUAUGGUAGAUCCUACAGCAUACAUCAUAAGAGGUCGACACAGAUCACUACCAUUAAUGGCUUUAAUAAGUGAAGAUUGCCAACAAACAACGAAUAAUUGUUUAGCUACAAAUGGACUAUCAGUUCAAGACUACCUAGCUGAUAUAGAUGAAAACGAGCCAUUGCCAUUGAUGCCUUCUAUGGGUAUUGGUAAAGUAAUAACAAAGCCUGGUAUGAGUCAAAAUGGACCACCAUCAAUGUCUGGUAUGGCUCAAAAUAGACCCAUAAUGGGUUACAAUGGAUCACCAAUAAGGUCUGGUAUGGCUCAAAAUAGACCCCUAAUGCCUUAUAUGGAUUACAAAAGAUUACCAAUAAGGCCUUUUAUGAGUCAAAAUGGACCACCAUCAAUGUCUGGUAUGGCUCAAAAUAGACCCAUAAUGGGUUACAAUGGAUCACCGAUAAGGUCUGGUAUGAGUCAAAAUGGACCACCAUCAAUGUCUGGUAUGGCUCAAAAUAGACCCCUAAUGCCUUAUAUGGAUUACAAAGGAUUACCAAUAAGGCCUUUUGGACCACCAUCAAUGUCUGGUAUGGCUCAAAAUAGACCCAUAAUGGGUUACAAUGAAUCACCAAUAAGGUCUGGUAUGGCUCAAAAUAGACCCCUAAUGCCUUAUAUGGAUUACAAAGGAUUACCAAUAAGGCCUUUUGGACCACCAUCAAUGUCUGGUAUGGCUCAAAAUAGACCCAUAAUGGGUUACAAUGGAUCACCAUUAAGGUCUGGUAUGAGUCAAAAUGGACCACCAUCAAUGUCUGGUAUGGCUCAAAAUAGACCCCUAAUGCCUUAUAUGGAUUACAAAGGAUCACCAAUAAGGCCUUUUAUGAGUCAAAAUGGACCACCAUCAAUGUCUGGUAUGGCUCAAAAUAGACCCAUAAUGCCUUAUAUGGGUAAAGGAAAAUCAUCGACCAUAAAUAAAUAUGCAAAUCAGUAAUAAGCGCCAUCAUCUACAUAAAUAAAAGGUAAACACUAAGUAUUAUUAUACACUUUUGUACAUCAAUUGAUCAAAAUGUUGUUAAACAACUAUUUGUUUUUGAAAAUUAUGACAAUUUUUAUAAAAUAGAAUAUGUGCCAUUUGAUAUUAUUAUUAAGACAAUUAUGGAAAAAUGUAUUAUUUAAUUAUUGUAAGUGUUUUGCAUAAAUAUUCAUUUUUACUACACUUCUAAUUGUUUUACCUACUUAUCUAUUUGUAUUUUUUUUUACCACAGUUAUUGAUUUAAUAAAAU